AUGCCCUGGGGAAGUAACAACAACCAAGAGCAACCGCCACACCCAACAUUUCACCAUAAAGAAGGUAGGAGUACUAUCAAAAUAACACCACCACCUCCAACACCUCCAAGAACAGACCCCAAUGGCCCUGCCAGAACUAUAGAUUCACCAUUCAUACAUCAUCUAAAACAAACUGGAAGAGCGGAAUGGAAGCUCGCUGAUCCUAAACUUAAACAAAGAUCAAAUGCUAUCUUUUUGAUCUUGUUAUCUAUUCCAGUGCUUGCAAUCUCUAGUUAUGAAUUAUUUAAUCGAUUCCAAGGUAGAUCACAUAAAAAACUUCAAAAGGGUGAAAUUCUAGAAGGACAGCUAGUUCGUGACUUUACUGAAGAAGAAAUUGUACAAAGGGAACAAAGUUCUAUAUUGACUAAAUUGUUUGGCCAAGAUCCAUUUGUAGAAAAAGUCUCACCGAAGAGUAGCAGUACUACUACGUCAACUACAGAGAAAUAG